AUGGCCAACACUGAUCGUGAAGUAGGAGCAAAAACGAAAAGGUAUAGCAAUAUAGAAAGCAUUGGCGCAGGUCAACGUAGAAGUAGUACGCCAAAUCUAACGGAUCAUACCCAUCUUCAAAGUGCCGCCACGGCUGCUCUUCGUUACGCUCAAAGAGAAUUGGAAAGAGCUGCUUCACCAAGACGAGAUUCGAGUGAGAACGGAAGACGUCAGAGGGAUUCGUUUGACCAGAACAGAAAGACGCCACAACCGGCAGGUUAUUAUAUCCCUCCCCCCGGCUAUGCUGAUCCAUUGAGGGAUAAUUUGGACGAUGAAGGCAAUCUUAAAUUAGAGCAACCCUACUCCGAAGAGAGAGAUCGCAGAUGGUCAGGACCUUAUGAUGAUAGACGUGGCUGGCCAGUAGACCCUAGAUAUCACCGUGGAAAUAAUUGGUAUAAACGUGGACACAAAAACCCUUCACAUCCUCGCUAUGCUCCUGAUCGACCCGUGAAAAAGUUUAUGCCUUCGCUCUCACAUCAAGAUUGGUCCGUACCGCAAGCAAAACAGAUUUUAUCGCAUUGGGCAACAUUGGCAACCCUUUUAGGUGGCGUUCAAGCUACGCUAUUGGCCUAUUACAGUAAACAAGAACAAUUGGGCAGCGGUGAAGAAGAUCCGAUAUACAGAAUGGUGAUUGCGAUUUCCUGUUCAGCUUUGUUUUUAGAGGUUUAUGGUGCUCUUUUAGCGGCAGGUACGAUUGUUGCCAGUAUCUCACUUCAAGCCAAAAAUGCACAAUCAAACGAUCCAUUCGCACAGCCGAAUAAUUGCCAAACAGAUCGUGAAACGUUGCUUAACAAUGGUAUGUUCUCGUUGAACGCAAUCAAUGCAAAUCCGGUCUCUUCUCCUGGUCCACCGCUCUCACCUCGUGCAUCUGCUAUUCUGGACCGUCUUACGGUAUUGGUAGGAUUCUUGAUUCCCUUGGGCGCAGUCUUUGAAUUGAUAGGCUUAGCAGGCUACACUGCUCAUUACCUUGGCAAUUCAGUCGCAAUCACGAUGGGAUUGACGUUAGCAGUAGCAGUUGCAAUUCUUGUAACAAUCAUUGCCGGCUUAUUGGGAAUGCAAGCAGGUAAUCGAGCAAUUCAAACUCAACAAAACAGCACUUUAUGA